AUGUCGCUCCUCGCCACCGGUUCCGUCUUUCUGCUAGCCGCGCUCCACGUUUAUAUCAUGGUCUUGGAGAUAUUCCUCUGGACCUCCCCAGCAGGACUGAGAGCGUUCGCGCUCAAGCCCGACUUUGCCGCCAAAACCAAGAGCAUGGCCGCGAACCAAGGCUUGUACAAUGGAUUUCUGGCUGCCGGUCUCUUGUGGUCUCUGGUCCACCCCAGCGCGGAGUUUGCGCCUCAGAUCGCGCAGUUCUUCGCGGCUUGUGUUUUUGUGGCUGGUGUUUUCGGCGGCCUGACGGCAAACAAGAAGAUUUUCUUUGUCCAGGCGCUCCCAGGAGCUCUGUGUCUUGCUGCGGUGGUCUUUGCUUAA